UACGCUCGGAGCCUCAUGUCUGUCCGCUGGAUCAGGUCAUGGCGAACGUCGAGUUUCUGCAGGUGCUCCUCAUGUUCUUUAUCCCCACUGAAUGGAUUUAAGUCUGAGCUCCUGGAUGUGUCGCACGUAUCCAAGCACAGUGCAGCGGUCAGCUCUGUUGUGACAAGGCGUGGAUUGCUCACAGGCAUUGGACAUUUCAGCACACUGGGGUGGCUCUGGAGGUCCGUGGUUGUCUCCAGGAGUAACUUAAGGAUCUACCAGCGUACUUGUCCAACCGUAAACGCGAUCACCAUGCCUCUGCCAAAAGACAUGGGCUCUGCCUUCAUCCAGACACAGCAGCUCAACGCUGCCAUGGCAGACUCCUUCCUGGAACACAUGUGCCUGCUGGACAUCGACUCUGAACCUACCACUGCCCGCAACACUGGGAUCAUCUGCACCAUUGGACCAGCAUCUCGAUCUGUGGAAAUGCUGAAGGAGAUGAUCAAGUCUGGAAUGAACAUUGCUCGGAUGAACUUUUCCCAUGGUACACAUGAGUACCACGCAGAGACCAUCAAGAAUGUACGGGAAGCAUGUGAGAGCUUCGAGCCUGGCAGUAUCCACUACAGACCCAUUGGUAUUGCUCUGGAUACCAAGGGCCCAGAGAUCAGGACUGGCCUUAUCAAAGGGAGUGGCACAGCAGAGGUAGAACUGAAGAAAGGCCACAUGAUCAAGGUUACCCUGGACGAUGCUUAUCAAGAUAACUGCAGUGAGGAGGUCCUCUGGCUCGACUACAAGAACAUAACCAAAGUGGUGGAAGUUGGCAGUAAGGUCUACAUUGAUGAUGGACUCAUCUCUCUGCAAGUCCAGGAGAUUGGCUCUGAUUACCUCAUGUGUAAGAUUGACAACGGUGGCACUCUGGGCAGUAAGAAGGGAGUGAAUCUCCCUGGUGCUGCUGUGGACCUGCCUGCUGUUUCAGAGAAGGACAUUAUGGACCUGCAGUUUGGUGUGGAGCAGGGAGUGGACAUGGUCUUUGCCUCUUUCAUUCGUAAAGCAGAUGAUGUACAUGCUGUCAGAGCCGUGCUUGGAGAGAAGGGCAAAAACAUCAAGAUCAUCAGCAAACUGGAGAACCAUGAAGGUGUACGCAGAUUCGAUGAGAUCAUGGAGGCUAGCGAUGGCAUCAUGGUUGCCCGUGGUGACCUGGGUAUUGAGAUCCCUACAGAAAAGGUCUUUCUUGCUCAGAAGAUGAUGAUUGGGCGCUGCAACAGAGCUGGCAAGCCGAUCACAUGUGCAACUCAGAUGUUGGAGAGCAUGAUCAAGAAGCCCAGACCAACCCGUGCCGAAGGCAGUGACGUUGCAAACGCUGUCCUGGAUGGAGCUGACUGUAUCAUGUUGAGCGGGGAGACUGCAAAGGGAGACUACCCCCUGGAGGCCGUUCGCACGCAGCACAUGAUAGCACGAGAGGCAGAAGCAGCCACCUUCCACAGACAGCUGUUCGAGGAGCUAAGGAAAAGUUCCCACCUGACCAGAGACCCCUCAGAGGCUGUAGCAGUGGGAGCUGUUGAAGCAUCCUUCAAAUGCUGUGCUAGUGCCAUCAUUAUUCUCACUAAGACUGGGAGGUCUGCCCACCUGCUGUCCAGGUACAGGCCCCGUGCGCCCAUCAUUGCCGUGACCCGUAAUGCCCAGACGGCUCGCCAGGCCCACCUGUACCGCGGGAUCUUCCCUGUUCUGUACACCAAGCCCCCUCAUGAUGUCUGGGCAGAGGAUGUUGACAUGCGUGUUAACUUUGCACAGGAAAUGGGCAAGGCCAGAGGCUUCUUCAAAGAGGGUGACGUUGUCAUCAUCCUGACUGGCUGGCGUCCUGGCUCUGGAUACACCAACACCAUGCGUGUGGUUCAGGUGGCUUAAACGGCCAACCCAGCUGCCCAGCUUCAACCCUUCACAUUCAUCUGUCUCCCGCCACCCCCACCCUCCCCCAUGUGAAAACUCACCUGUUUAGUUUUUAAGUUCUCAUGCAAACAAUCAGAAGGUGGCUGUAAUGGAGCUGCUUGUUUGGUAGCAGUUUCCUUCCAGAUAAUUCCAAGAAAUAAUAUCAUUCCUUCAACAUAGUGUUUUGGGAUUUCUUUAACAAUCAAACCAGUUGUCGGGACUUCAGUUUAUUAAAUCCUGAACAGAAACUGCUGUAUUUAUUCACUCCAAACUUGUAAUACUAAAAUGAAAGCCAGUGAGUAGAAUCUACAUCUGUGUGCAUGUUUAUUUGGCUCCUGUUCAGGUGUUGAUGGAAAAGGAGCCGGCUGCUCUUAAAGAGCACCUUGUUGUAUUGUAACGAACAAAAUAUUGACGGAGGUCUCUCCUACAGAACAGCUCGACUCCACAUCGCCCCAUGAAGAGAAGUUUGUGUAUUGCUGUCUGUCUGAAGUGUCCUCUAAUAACCAGCUUUCCUUGUGUUUCAGUGUAUCUGCUAGUGUUGCACUCCUUAUUUUUUCCAGACACUGUUACAUUCUAAAUCCUACUUGACUUAAGUGAUUGGUAAAGUUGUUUUUAUUUUGAGGGGGGCAUUAGAUUCUGCUUAUGUUAAACUUUAGAGGAGAGCUUGUGGUGACCAAUCCAGAGGUAUCAGAAUGAGUUACUGUUUUUGUGAUGUUGGAUGUGACAUAACGCCUUUACAUUUCUUUGCAUUUGGAUAAAAUCUGAGAGGGAAUUAUAAACCUUGUGGUUUGUAACAUAUGAGAUUUUGACUGAACACAAGGACUUGUGUUUGGAGCCCCUCUCCUUGUCUGCUCUGGUGAUCCACUGUAGCUAUCCUGCUCCUUUAACAUGCUUUGAUUGUAAUAGAGUCUAAGAACUAACUGUAAAGGAGGGUUAUGAUGUUUAGCUGAUCUCAAGACUGAAUUUCCAUCAAAUAAAGUGAGCACCUAUCUAAAA